UCUGAAUUUACUGUUGAAAACCUGAUGGCCACAGUGACUGAUGUGUUUGCUGUUGGAAUGGAGACCACAAGCACCACCCUGAGGUAUGGACUCCUGCUCCUGAUGAAGCACCCAGAGGUCAUAGGACUGUCCAUGAUGGUUCCUGUGUAUCCUGGAGCUGCUUGAAGAAGUCUUUGAUCCCAAUCACUACUGAAGCUCAUGCCUGUCUAAGGCACACAUUAUUUGCAGGGAAGUUCUAAAAGCCUGCGAUUGCCAGCACUCAGUUGUCUCAGGAAGAAGAGAAGGCUCCCAUGGAUCCCGUGGUGGUGCUGGGGCUCUGUCUCUCCUGUAUGCUUCUCCUUUCACUCUGGAAACAGAGCUCUGAGAAAGGGAGGCUUCCUCCUGGCCCCACUCCUUUCCCAAUUCUUGGAAAUGUCCUGCAGCUGGGUUUUAAAGACAUCAGCAAAUCUUUAACCAGACUGUCAGAAGUCUAUGGCCCUGUUUUCGCUGUGUUUUUGGGCUUGAGGCCCACUGUGGUGAUUUGUGGAUAUGAUGCGGUGAAAGAAGCCUUGGUUGAUCUGGGAGAAGAGUUUUCUGGAAAUCGUUUUCCAGUGACUGCAAAAGUUAAGAAAGGAUUUGGAAUCAUUUUCAGCAAUAGAAAGAGAUGGAAGGAGACCCGGCGCUUCUCUCUGAUGACCCUGCGGAAUUUUGGGAUGGGGAAGAAGAGCAUUGAAGAAAGAGUUCAAGAGGAAGCCUGCUGCCUGGUGGAGGAGCUGAGAAAAAUGAGUGGAUCACCCUGCGAUCCGACCUUUAUCCUGGGUGCUGCUCCCUGCAACGUGAUCUGCUCUGUGAUUUUCCAGAACUGUUUUGAUUAUAGAGACCCGAAUUUUCUUGCCUUCAUCGACAAAUUCAAUGAAAACUUCAAGAUUUUGAAUUCUCCAUGGGUACAGGUUUGCAAUACUUUCCCUAUUCUUCUUGAUUGGUUCCCAGGAAGUCAUAGAAAAAUGAUUAGUAAUUCUACUUAUGUAGCAAAUUAUGAUUUGGAGAAAAUAAAAGAACACCAAGAAUCUCUGGACAUUACCAACCCUCGAGACUUCAUUGAUUGUUUCCUGAUCAAAAUGGAACAGGAAAAGCACAACCAACAGUCUGAAUUUACUGUUGAAAACCUGAUGACCACAGUGCUUGAUGUGUUUGCUGCUGGAACAGAGACAGUGAGCACCACCCUGAGGUAUGGACUCCUGCUCCUGAUGAAGCACCCAGAGGUUACAGCCAAAGUGCAGGAGAAGAUUGAGUGUGUGAUUGGCCGACACCGGAGCCCCAGCAUGCAGGACAGGAGCCGCAUGCCCUACACGGAUGCUGUGAUACAUGAGAUCCAGAGAUACGUUAACCUUGUCCCCAACAACGUGCCCUGGGCAACAACCUGUAACGUUGCUUUCAGAAGCUAUCUCAUCCCCAAGGGCACGGCCGUACUAACAUCACUGACUUCUGUGCUGCACGACACAAAGGACAAAGAAUUCCUGAACCCAGACCGGUUUGACCCUGGCCACUUCCUGGAUGCCAGCGGCAACUUUAAGAAAAGUGACUACUUCAUGCCUUUCUCAGCAGGAAAGCGAGUGUGUGUGGGAGAGGCCCUGGCCCACAUGGAGCUGUUUUUAUUCCUGACUGCCAUUUUACAGAACUUUACCCUGAAGCCUCUGGUUGACCCCAAGGACAUUGACACCACCCCACUUGUCAGUAGAUUUGGCCGUGUGCCACGCUUAUACCUGUUCAUCUUCGUUCCUGUCUGAAGAAGGGCAGGUGAUGUGGCUGCUGCUGGGCUGUCAUUUGCUACUCUCCCUCCUCCAGAGCAGCAUCCAACUCCUUCGCCUAUCAUGGGUCCCUUCUCUGUCAUGUCCUCUGACAUUUAUUCAUUUCUCAAGAUCUAGGCUCCAUUAGGAAGAGUUUUCUGGGUCCUUUCUCAAAUGUGUUUCUGCGCUUCCUUAUAGUCUGUAAUUCUUAGAUUGACCACCACAUGGGUUAAUAUCUGUCUAAUGCUUAGUUGUUAUUAUAUAGCCACUGUGAAAUUGUGCAAGAUGAUUGGCAUUUGAUAAUUCAGACAUGCUUCUCCUCUACAUGUUCAAAAUAAAAGCAUUUUUAAUUUGAAUCAGAUUAAAUUUGAAUUUCAGAUUUUAUUCUUUUUGUAUAUAAUGAGAAUAACAAAACAAAAUGAAGUUCCAAAAGCUCAUGCUGGUCCUUAUAAUGUUAGGCACAAAAAUACACAGCAUCAUUUACAUUGCUCCUACAAAUACGAAAUACUUGUGUUUAUGUCUGACAUAAUAUGUAUAUGAUCAUGUGAAGAAAAUUACAAAGUAGAAGAAACCAAAGAUAAUGUAAAUAGAAAUAUUUCAUGAACAUGAAUAUGAUGUUAUUAUUUUUAUAUUGUCAGUCUUUUUGUUUUGAUCUAUAGACAUAAUGUGAUUUGAGUCAAAAUAUAGGCAGAUUCUUCUUUCAGAUUCCAACAGCUGAGUUUAUCAUUAAUAACGAGUGGUUAAAAACUCAGGAUAUGCAAUAUUUAAGAAAAAAUUCAAUGGGCUGAACUUACUUCAUUUGACAUCAAGACCUAUUAGAAAUUCAUAGUAAUCAAAACAGUGUGGUAUUCGUGACAAAAUAGAUAAGUUAGUGGAACACAGUUGAGUUGGAAAUGGAGCUAUCCAAAUAUAGCCAAUUAAAGUUUGAACAGGAGUAAAAGCAACUCCAUGGAGAAAGGACAACCUUUUUAAAAAUGUGGCUGAAAAAAUGAACAUUCUCUAGAAAAAAAAUAAGAGUAUUGAGAUCUGUCUUAUCCUCUUCACAAAGUUAGUUUAAAGUACAUUAUAAGCCUAUUUGUAAAAUGCAAAUGUAAAGUUCUAAUAGUAUUACAUAGAAGAAAAUCCUGAUGAUCUUCUUUUGGUAAGUUUCCUAAAUACAUCAAAAGAGCAUAAUUUGGAAAAGGAUGAACUUAUCUUCAAAAAAAUAAAAAUAUUUUCACUGCAAAGGAUAUUGUUAAAAUAGAGAUGAAAAGCUAUAGAAUGAGUGUGUGAAAUAUUUAUAAAUGACAUAUCUAAUGAAGUACUGUUAAUUCAAAAUAUACAAAGAAGUUUUAAAACUAAUAGUGAGAAAUGGACAAUCUGUUUUCAAAAUGGCCAAAAAUUUGAUCAUAUACUCAUUUAAGAAGGCAGAUGCCAGGAGGUUUUGAAAAGUGCUCAACAUCAUGCAUCAUUAAGAAGUUGCAAACUGAAACAAUACUGAGACAACAUGAAACACCUGCACAGUGUUUCUAAUCUAACACUUAUCAAGCCAAAUGUUGACAAGACUGUGCAGCAAUCAGGAGUAUUAGUCAUUUUAGUGGGUAUGCAAAAGGGGCAUAUUUUUGGAAGACAGUUUGACAUUUUCUUAUAAGACUAAAAUAUGCUUACCAUGUGUUCUAGCUCUUGUGCUCCUUGGCAUUUAUUCAAAUGAUUCAAAAGUUUAUAACUACCCCCAAAGCUGCACAGGAAUUUUAUUACAGCUUUAUUCAUCAUUUACAAAAAUUGGAAGCCAUCAAGAGGUCUAUCUUUAGUUGAAUGGGUAGAAAAACUGUAGUUUAUAGAUAAAUUACAAUAUUAUUUAAAUGUAAUUUAGUAUUAAGAAGAAACAAAUUACUAAUCCAUGAAAAUAUGUGGGAAAACCUUAUGGAUAUAGUAAGUGAUAGAAGCCAAUACGCACAGAUUAAAUACUAUGAUUUCCAAUGUAUGUUAUUAUGGAAAAGGAAAACUAUGGUGAUAUGCAAAGAUCAUUUGCAGCCAAGGGCUUGGAGUGAAUAGAGGGACGAAUAAGCAGAGAAGAGAGGAUUUUAAUUCAGUGGACACAUUAGUCAAAGUUAUUGAAUAUGUAACACAAACUGAACCCUAUGUAAAGUAUGAACUUGGUUGAUGAUGAUGAUGUUAUGUUCUGGGGUAUAGAUUGUGAUGGUUUGGGCAUAUAUUGUGGGCACUGUAUGUUUUCUACUUAGUUUUUCUAUGAAUUUCAAAGUAUGUUCUAAAACUCAACUCUAUAAUUUAAAAAAAAAUCUACUGUACUCCAUAUUUCUAUCCAUGGUAAGGUUUACAAUACUCUGACUGUUGAAAGCCUGAUGGUGAUACUCUCCAGAUCAUUUGGAUGGAGGUAGGAAUUCCAUGUGAUAGGAUUUGAGAAAUCACUGAACUGGAAGUUUUAAAACCAGGAUUCUUAGACAAAAUCUUAUACUUUUCCAUUGGUGGCACCAUUUCACUGAGUCACCCACUGCUCCUUCAUAAAAAUCAAAGCAAAUUUUGGACCAGUUGAUUUUAAAUAUCUCUUUUAUCUUUAAAUUAGCUACAAACAGGUGCAUGAAUUUGCUCAGUGGUUAAGAUGCUACUUGGGACUACUGUAUACCAGAUUGCCCAGGUUCUAGCUUUUGUUCUACUCCUGACAUCAGCUUCUGCUAAUGCACAUCCUGGGAGGCAGUAGACGAUAGCUCAAGUACUGAGCUCUCAUAUGGGAGAUCAUGACUGAUAUCCUGGCUCUUGGCUUAGGCCUGGCCAAGCUUCCGUGUGUCACACUUUUGAAGAGUGAACAAGUACAUGGACAAUUUCUCUCUAUCUCUGCUUUAAAAAAAUGGCCUCUAAUUCCUUCAUACUAUACAAAGGCAGGACCUCAGCUCAACUGAAAGGAGGAGAAGCAGGGCAAUAAUAGUGAUGUCUCAACUGUAAUUAAUCGCUGUAAAGAGCAGCUAAGUUCAUUUUAUCUAAAAUAAGUUGAUAUGUUUUUUUUUUUUUGAAGGAGUUUAAAGCUACAUGAGGAUUGGGUUAAGAUGGUGGAGUAGGGAGGGAGCUUACUUCUCUAGUCUAGGAGAAGAUAGUUUUAUAAAAGUGGACAGAGUGCAAUCUCAAGGAAGAGUUAGGGAGAAAACUGCAGAGGAAAAUCUAUGCAAAUUAGAGAGGCACAGUGGACCUACGUGGAAAGCGUGGACGCACACACCUCAGAACCCCAGCAGCUAAGAGCCUCUGCACCAGCUUUGCAGAGUGAAGUGAUACCAGAGUGCAGUAGCCCAAGCAACUGGUGAUAAAGCUGCAGGAAGAGCCUGGGGGGAAUCUGGCUUGGAGCUCUGUGGGGGAUUGUGGACUUUCAGACUAGAGGAGAAAAAAAAGGGGGGGGACACAUUUUCUCUCCCCCAUCACCCUGCUAUGGCAUCCUGUAAUAAGCCGAUAUAGAGUGGGUACUUUUUUCAACAUAUAUAAUAGCUGUGCCAGCUUGUGUCUGCACUCAGCAACCAGCCAAGUGGAGACUCCUGAGUCUGGUGGGGAGAACUGCCAAGGGGAUGAGUGCUCAUGACCGUGGAGGGUUGUGUGCUGGAACUGUGAAAACACUGAGGCUGCACGGGAGGACUCGGAGUGUGGUUGGCAAGUUGGGCAGUCACUCUAGGAGGCUCUGCACACUCAAGGCUCCCUAAUUACAUAUGAGGGACAUUGCAGGGGUAUCUGAGCUAACACUGAGGACUGCACAGACCUUUGAGUGGUCCUUGUGACAGAGCAGACAAAUAUUAUACACACUAGGGCUAAUGCCCAGAACUGUUCUCCUUUGAGGAGAGGAGCCCAGCUGAAUCCAGGCCAACAGAGCAAAACAAAGCUCCCCUCAGAUAAAAAAAAAAAAAAAAAAAAAAAGAGGAUAUUUACCAUGCCAAAACCUGGGUAUAUAACAUUAAACAUGCUCUUCAUCCUGGAGAACUGAACAGAGCUCCCUGGUCACACCCACCACACCCUUCUAGGUAUUCACUGAAAGCAAACACUCCCAGUAAAAGAACAAAGGAAGGCACAGGCAAAGACUUAUUGGAAAAGAUCCCAGAGGCACAGGCAGUCAAAGCCAAAAUUAAAAAUUGUGAUUACAUCAAAUUGAGAAGUUUCUGUACUGCAAAAGAAACAGUAAGGAAAGUGAAGAGGCAACCAACAGAAUGGGAAAAUAUAUUUGCAAACUAUGCAACUGAUAAAGGAUUGAUAACCAGAAUCUAUGAAGAGAUCAAGAAAUUCCACAACAACAAAACAAACAACCCACUUAAGAGAUGGGCCACGGACCUCAACAGACAUUUCUCAAAGGAGGACAUCUAAAUGAACAACAUACACAUGAAAAAAAUGUUCAGGAUCAUUUUAAAUCAAAACCACAAUGAGGUUUCACCUCACCCCGGUUAGAAUGGCUAACAUACAGAAAUCUACCAACAAAAGAUGAAGGCAAGGAUGUGGGGAAGAAGGGACACUAACCCACUAUUGGUGGGAAUGAAAACUGUUAAAGCCACUAUGAAAGUCAGUCUGGAGAUUCCUCAGAAACCUGAAUAUAACCCUACCGUUCGACCCAGCCAUCCCACUCCUUGGAAUUUACCCAAAGGAAAUUAUAUUGGCAAAUAAAAGAGCUGUCUGCACCUCAAUGUUUAUUGCAGCUCAAUACACAAUAGCUAAGACCUGGAACCAACCUAAAUGCCCAUCAGCAGUAGACUAGAUAAGAAAUUAUGGAAUAUAUACUCUAUAGAAUACUAUACAGCAGUCAAAAAAUGAAAUCCAGUCAUUUGCAACAAAAUGGAAGAAUCUGGAAAACUUCAUGCUGAGUGAAAUAAGCCAGUCCCAGAGGGACAAAUACCAUAUGUUCUCCCUGAUCGGUGACAACUGACUGAACACCAAAAGGAAACCUGUUGAAGUGAAAUGGACACUAUAAGAAACAGUGACUUGAUCAGCCCUUGUCCUGACUGUUGAUAAACAACUUAAUACUUUAUCCAUUUUAGUAUUUUUUUUGUUUGUUCUACUUAAUAUUAUUGGUUGAACUCUUUAAUUAACAUAAAAUUAUUCAUAGGUGUUUAAAUUUAACUGAAAGGUGAUCCCUGUUAAAUAUAAGAGUGGGAAUAAGAGAUGGAGGAGAUGUAUAGUUUGGCACAUGCUCACUCGGACUUGCCCCAAGCAGUAGAGUUAGAAAUGUGCCAGGGGAUUCCAAUUCAAUCCCAUCAGGGUGGCAUGUACCAAUGCCAUUUCACUAGUCAAAGUGAUCAGCUUCAGUUCAUAUUUGAUCAUAAUAAUAGGAUUAAAAAGAAAUCACAUAAACAAGACUAGGGUCUGCUAAUACUAACUGAUAGAAUUAAAAAGGAGAGAAUGAUCCAACAUGGGAAGCGGGAUACACAGCAGACUCAUAGAAUGGCAGAUGUCCUAAACAGCAUUCUGGCCUCAGAAUCUGCCUUUAAGGUAUUGGGAUCUAAAUGGCCUCCACUCUCCAUUUAAAAGACACAGACUGGCUGAAUGGAUUAAAAAACAAAACACAUCUACUUGCUGCUUGCAAGAAAAACACAUGAAGACUGAAAGUGAAAGAUUGGAAAAAGAUAUUGCAUGCCAUCAGAAAUCUAAAAAGAGCUCGUGUAGCCAUCUUUUUUUUUUUUUU